CUCCCUUCCAGCGCUCCCCUGCGCUCCCAGCCCAGCCGCUCCGCGCAGCCGGCCGGGAAGGCAGACGGACGGACGGACGGACGGACAGACGGACGGGCCCCCGGCGGCGCAGCGGCGGUCACGGCGCUCGGGAGCGGAGCGGGGCUCGGACCGGGGAUGCGCGGGAGCGGCGGGCAGCCCUGCCCUGCCCCGAGCCAGCACCGGUAGCAUCCAGUGCUUUGCUGCUGUAGCACACACAGCUCUUCUUAAAUCAGUGGGAUAACCCCUGUGUUUACAGUUAAACUGUGUUCAAAUGCUUCACUGCAUCAAGAUCAUUAAAAUGUGUUAAGGCCCAGAGGUCUAAGAGUACAUGAUCUCAGGUGGUGUAACCGGGGGAUACAGCCAGGAGGGACAUCUGGAGAGUGGUGGCAUUGCUUAAAAACCAACAACUGGGAAAGGAUGGUGUGAGGAACAGAUUGCAGAACUGGACCUUCAGUGUCUGGGCAGGAUUUUGAACGCAGAAGUCAUCACAAUGAUACCCAGCUCUUAUACCCUGCUUUUUACUUAUAGCCAUGUAAGAACUUAAACAGGGAGACAUAAAUUAUUGACCAGAAAAUGGCCCACCGAAGCCCAAUCUUCCCAACUCUUGCCCCUUCUGAAAGCACCCAUGAGCUCCAUUGCAUUCCAUGGAAGCUAUGCAAGUGCACUGCACCCUUGAAAAAUAUAGACAAAUAUUCAAGACGGGUUCGGAACAUCCCGCUGCACAGCCAGGCACUGACGGCGGUGCCGCUGGCAUCUGCCAGCCUGGUGGAUCAGCUGGAAGACAGGAUCCUAAGCCAUGAGAAAACAACGGCGGCCCUUGUGGAACACGCUUUCCGCAUUAAGGAGGACAUUGUUCACACUCUGCACAGAAUGCAGAACAAAGGGGGGGGAGACCGGCUGGCCCGGCAGCUCUUGGAGGAGCACAUCCGAAACAUAACGGCCAUAGUGAGGCAGCUCAAUCGGGACAUUGAGAUGCUGCAGGAACAGAUACGUGUCAGAGACAAUCUCAGCUACGGAACAAAUUCUACCCUGAAGAGUCUGGAAAUGCGGCAGCUUUCUGGCUUAGGGGAUCUUCGGGGAAGAGUUGCAAGGUGUGAUGCUGGGUUAGCCAGACUGUCUGCAGAGCAUAAAAUUACAUAUGAAAGACUUCAGAGCCUAAGUAAAGACCAACACACCUCCAAGCUGAUCUUAGAAUCUAAAAUCAAAGAGGCAGAAAUACAGAUUUCUCACCUGCUGAGCAGAGUAGAGCAAUCGAUAAUGCAGCAAGAAGCAAAGCUCAAGGUUGCCUACAAAGAGAGCAACCAACAGCUACAACUCCUGGACACCAAAUUAAAAAAUGCCAUUGAGGAACUCAGCAGUCAGAUUUUGUCUGCACGUAGCUGGUUGGAACAGGAACAUGAAAAGAUUGAAAAAGAGCUUGUGCAAAAAGUUGAACAACUCUCACUGACUUUUAAGGAAAACACGGAAAUGAGUGAGAGAGCUUUUGAGAUGAAAUUCAACCAAAUGGCAGAGAAAAUUGAGAAAAUAGAAGAAAUGCAGAAGAUAACCAUGGAAGCACAUGAAGCAAAACAGACUGAAGAAAGGAUAAAUAUUCGCAUUGGCAAACUCCAAAAUGAGAUAAACGAAGAUAUAAAAGAAAUGAAAGCCGAAGUUAAUGCUGGAUUUGCAGCCAUCUAUGAGAGCAUUGGGUCUCUGCGGCAAGUUCUAGAAGCAAAAAUGAAGCUGGACAGAGAUGAACUACAGAAGCAGAUCCACCAAAUGAAGCAGGAGGUUCCAAGAUGGGGAGAGGCUGGACCAUGACUGCAAGAUUUUGUCUGAGAGAUUCAUGUUUACCUGGCUCAGCAGGCAGACUCUAGUCUUGUUCCAGUCUGUGACCCAAAUUACCUGCAUGUACCAGUGACAUGCUGCUGUUGCCCAGGUCUGUGUGUUGGCUCAAAGCAGUAAAUGCAGGCUCUUCAUGGAUAACCAACAACCAGCCCUCAGGGCUGAGGUGCUCAUUUGCCACUGCACUACUCUGGUUGCUGUCAGGAAAUUAAGCACUGUGUAAAACUGGAGUAAUAUAUUGGUGAAGCUGGCACCUCAUUUGCUAAAGGCAUUCCAGUUUUGCAGGCUUGGGCAGUAUAUAUAUAUAUAAAUAUAUAUACUUUUAUAUAUAAGCACCUGCACCCACCCCAUUCCACCCUAUCCCUCUUUUUUAAAAAAAUAAAGACAACUUGAUAUAAUUUGCUUAAUCUGAAUUUGGCAAGGUUCUCCAUCUUGAGGCAAAUUACUUAGUUGAAAUCAGUGGACGUUUUUACAGUGACUUUCUCUACUAUUGACUUCCUGGGGAGGUAGAAUUGGCACUAAAAAAACCGAUGUUCAAAACCUAGAUGCCAUCAGAAAAUGUUUGUUUAGUUUUGCAAAUAUCCUCUGUGUGUGAAAACUAAAUAGUGUUAUAUAAUGUAGUUGUAGACUAAGAUGAUUCAUCAACAACAUAAGAAACUUUAAUCACAUGGUCUUAAGUAUUGUAACCUUUUAGAAUUAACAACCAGGUGGAGCUGAGACAAGGUAAAACAUGUAUAUAAAAUAUUUUUUAAGUGCGCAUGUGUUCCUGUGACUUGCUUCAUUGUAUUGAUAAAAACUUAGAAAGGUUUGAAAACAAAAGAGAAGGUGAUAAUCUAACCUAGCCUGGAGAAUGUAAUGCAAAAUAAAAUGCAGUUUAUGUUCUCCUUAGAAAUAUUCAUUGAAGUAAAAGAACUGAUUCAUCAUAUUUAAGUAGACUAAUAGUUUAGCAGAUUCAAAUUGCUAAUUGCAUUCACAGUAUUUCCAGAUAAUAAUUUCCAUUCACAGAAGGGAUUACAUAAUCAAAGUCAGCACCCAUGGGGCAUAUUAAUCUAGAUAGGAAAAAAUACAUAUGUUAAUUUGACUUCCUCAUUAAGAGCAUGAUAUAUUGCUCCUCAUGUUUGCAAGUCAUGCAGGAUUAAACACUUGAGAAGAAUAAAAGACCUCAUCCAGUAUCCUAUUAAUUUACACUAUUAACAGUAAUUCAUAUACAAAAAUACAACUAAUUCACACAAUUCACAUUAGUGUUAACAUAAAUAAAUAAAUAGGAUGUCUCUACACUAUUGUUAGUGGAUUUUUCUUUCAGCUAGUAUUGCAAAAACUAUUCUUAGUUGGAAAAUCAGUGGCAAAUUUCUCAUCACUUCCAUGAAAGAUGGUUUGGCCCACAGAGUCACCAUAUUUAAAACAAACAAAGAAUAAAAAACCUGCUCCAAAAACUUACACCAUUAACUUGAGUAAGACAGUGUAGUGUGUAAAAAUCAAGGAAAUGCACUCAUCUUUACAGGUCUAACACCUCAUUUUAUAUUCACUUCCUAUAUAGUUGAAAGCAGUUCAAAGUCUCAAAGAUACAUGAAGCUUUUGCAGCUCUGGCUUCCAAUGCUGACACAAAGCAGCAAUGACAGAGGCAGCUUUGUUACCAUCCAUGUGCCCAUGAAAUGUAUUUACAAAGGCAGCUAAGGGGAAAGGCCAGUUCCCUAAAGAGACACAAUGAAACACUUGCAAAUAUUUCUUAAGAAUUGUCUUAAAAAUUGAUUCUUACUCCACAUAUGUAUUCUUAUCUAUUCUUAAAUAUUCAGCUGUGUGCAGUGGAAAAGCUAUUACUGAUGUUUCACGUAAAAAAACAAAAAAAGAAAAUAACAAA